AAGUUUGGAACUGUGUCAAAAGUGUUGUGUGUUCGAAUGAGAAAGUGUAAAAAUUAUUUUAGCCAAAGUAUAUUUCGUGCAAAUAAAUUGCAUUUAGCCCUUAAAAAGGCAUUUAAAAAUACAUUCUACACCAAAAGCCUUUGUUUAAUAUCUAAAAUAAAUUAAUAAUCUUCCAUCCACCACAAUUUAUUUUAUUCAUAUUUUCUUCAAGAAAAUUUUGCAAAAAAAUAAAACCAAGAAAAAACUUGUUCGUCUCUCUCCUCCUAACCAAAAGUGUGAUUCUCCGAUUUGUGCGUGGUGUGGUGAAAAAAAAAAGAAAAAGUUACUAAAAAAAAUCGGCAAUCUUGGUCGUUCGUAGUCGCUUUUUCCCCUCUUAUUGCGUUUUAGAGUUAAAAUUUUUUUCCAUCCUUGUUCUCUUGCCUUUGGCUCCUAAAAUUUCGAGGAGUUUAUUUUAUUUUUGAAAAAAAAAGAAAUAAAUAAAAAUUCUUUAAAGAAUUAUAUUUGUAUAUUAUGGAUGAGGAUUGGAUUGGACGAGCUGUUUCAAUAAAAUGCGACGACAAGUUGGGCGUCUUCCAAGGCAUGAUCAAAGACAUCAGUGUCGAGCACAUAACCAUUAUACGUGCUUUCCGCAAUGGAGUCCCGUUGCGAAAGCAAGAUGCCGAAAUUACUUUAAGGGCACAAGAUAUUCUUGAUAUCAAGUUGAUACCGUCAUUCAACGGCCAAAGUACUGUAACGCCAACUGUGAUCAAUAAGCCAACGCCAGUUAAGCAACCGAAUUUUGCUAGCGCUCCAACUUCUGCUGCUGCUGUAUUUGAAGGCAAUAAUAGUUUGCCUGUUAAUGGUGUUGGCAGUUUAAGAGAGAGCCAUUCGGCUCUGACCAAUAAAAUCUCGAAUAUGAAGAUUGCCAAUGGAUAUCGAAAAACGCCAACGUCCGAGAGGUUUCCAAAAGCUCCCACCGUCAGUUCAAGCAAUAUCAAUGGCAUUACAUCCUUAGCAGCAGCAGUCGCUUCCACAUCAUCAAUAACCAAUGGCACUACCAAUAACAGAACGCCGCCAACAACAAACAGUGUAGCGCAAUUUUUUGGCAAUUUAAUACCACCGAAAGUCGAAGUACGUAUGGGCGCCUCAUUUGCUGCAACAACCACUCCCGAAAGUUUCGGCAGCAUGAGCAAACCCAUAGACAUAGUAAAUGCCAAUCGAUCAGCAUCGGUCAAUACUAAUCCUAGCAGUUCAUUCAAUGGAAAUGGAGCCGCCGCCGCCGUUGCUGCUAUGGGAGGCAAUGCAAAUGGCAACAAGCAGCUUAAUCGUGCUAAUUUAAAUAAACAACGAAAGAAAUGCCGUCGAGAGGGUAGCCUCAAGCAAAAUCAGACUUUUGGAACGUCCGUCGAUGAUCCCAUUAUGAAUGAGGAUUUUGAUUUCGAAGGUAAUUUAGCUCUGUUCGAUAAGCAGGCCUUAUGGGAUGUUUUAGAAGCCGAACAGAAGCCAGACUUGGUUCGGCAGGCGGUUUCAGUGCAGGACAAGAAAUAUCGCCAUGAUGAGAAUAUUUUAGAAGGGGCACCUUUGCAGCUGCGCCAGAUUGAAACUUUAUUUGAUGGUUCUACAGAUUUUGUUACAGAUGAAGGUCUUAUUGUUCCAACUAUACCAAUCUAUGUCCGUUUGAAGAUCGAACAGGCAGCUGAAGCUUGUGGCUUGUCUGUUCAACGCCAAAAUGAUAUUUUAGCAAGGGGCACAACUGAUUUGGCGAUUCUUCUGCUGGGCGGAGCUAGAAGGUUAACGCCAAACAAUUGCCAUCAAUGGCCAACGAUUGCAAUUAUUUGCGAUAAAUCAAAGAAUUUUAGAGUUAGCGAAAUCGGUGCUGCGACUGGACGUCAAUUGGCAUCACACGGCCUAAAGGUUCUUCUCUUUCUGCAAGAAGAUCCAAGCAUUGAAAGAAAUAGCACUGAAGUUUUACUUUUUAAGGCAACUGGAAACACAAUUGUUUAUUCAGUUGAAGCUUUACCAACUCCUGAUCUUGUGAUAUUGUCGACUUGUUCCGACAAUGUGUCUUCAAGUGUUUCAAAAUGGUUGAAGGAAAAUCGAGCUUCAAUUCUCGCCAUUGAUCCACCUCCAAAUGGCAUUCGAGAUGUACCAAUCAAGUACUCAAUACUCCCAACACUACCGCUCAAUGGCAUAUCAACGAACUGUGGCAAAUUGUAUCUUUGCAAUCUGGGCAUCCCAGAUAAAUUCUAUCGUGACGCUGGCAUCAAGUACAAAAGUCCAUUUGGACACAAAUUUGUGAUACCCAUUCACAUGAAGGACUGAAAUAAUUUUGACAAUUAAACAAAACAAAAAAAAAUUGCAAACGAAAAGUAACAGAAACAACAUUAGAAAUAUUUUCCAUAACAAAAAAACGUUUAAAAAAAUAAAACACACACGCUCUCAUCUCUUAAAAAAAAUUAACAAUCACAGCAAACAAAUUUCAAAAUUUGUAGUCCAAGUUUAUAUACAUACAUUUUUUCGUUUUCUUUUUAAAUUAAUUUGAUUUGAGGAUAUAAUUUAAAUUUGAUUUUGUUUUUUUUUUUUAUUUUUUCCAAAUUAUUUGAAACAAACAAAAAAAUCACUGUGUUGUAGUUUUAUUUAUCUCUCUCUAUUUCUCUUUUUAUGUUUUGUGACUUAAUCGUUUGAUCUUCAUUAUUAUCCUUCUUUCCUUUUAUAUAUUUUAUAAUUUUCUUGACCAAAAUGCAUUUUUUAGAACUUUAUAUUAUUGUUAAAUUAUUUAAGCUAUAGAGAGAUAUUUGAUUUAUUUUUCAACAAUCAACUUUUUUUAAUAAUUUUUAUGUCUUAUGUUUUUUUUAUCUCCUUCAAGAUUACCUCAUGGAAUAGUUUUUUUUUUAAAUCUUUUUUGUUCUGUAUUUUGUAUAUUCCCAUGCCUUUCAACAAAAAAAUAUUAAAGCAAAACACUCAUAUUGUAAGCAUUUCCUGUUGAACAAAA